ACCGAUCCGGUCCGGUUUGGCUUUAUUGCGUUCUGGUUUUACUGGGUUUGGUGAUGUUGAGCGAUGCGGGGAUAAGUUGCAGGUUUUGUCAGGUGAUGAGAAAUGUGCACCCGCAGCAGCUGCUGGUUAACAUGGACUCUUUCGAUUCUGGACCUGGAGAACUUCAUGGAGACAUCUUUACCGGAGAGCCCGAGUGCGCGUUCCAAACCGAUUCCAAGUGUCCGAGUUUCACGCAGCCCGAACGGAGUACAAACGAACAAGUUUCCCACGGUUCGAACGAUGCCAAAGCUGAGCGGGUGCGCAGGGGUGCAGAAGGACCUCAGGUCGAUUUAAAACCUGUUAGAAGUAAGAAGUCGCGCAGUAAAGUGCGGGCGGUGCGCGCUGAAAGCAGAACCGGUAAAGACGAGCUGCAGCUCACCAGCUCCACGUUCGCUCUGAGCGGAGAUUCAGCUCACAACCAAGCCAUGGUGCACUGGUCUGGCCAGAACAGCAGUGUAAUUCUCAUGCUGACCAAGCUGUAUGAUUUUAAUCUGGGUAGUGUGACUGAGAGCUCCUUGUGGAGGUCGACCGACUAUGGAACCACUUACCAGAAGCUUAAUGAGAAAGUUGGAGUGAAAACCAUACUGAGUUACUUGUACGUCAGCCCGAAUAACAAAAGAAAGAUCAUGCUGCUGACAGAUCCGGAGGUGGAGAACAGUCUUCUGAUCAGCACGGAUGAAGGUGCGACCUAUCAGAAAUACCGUCUCGGAUUCUACGUGCUCAGCCUGCUUUUCCACCCCGAGCAGGAGGACUGGAUUCUCGCCUACAGCCACGAUCAGAAGCUCUACAGCUCGGUGGAAUUUGGACGACGGUGGCAGCUGGUUCACGAAAUGGUCGCACCAAAUCGAUUUUACUGGUCUAAAACAGGUCUGGAUAAAGAACCCGGGAUGAUUCAUCUAGAGACCAGCAUUUCAGAAACACAGGCUCUGUACGUCACCUGCAGGCUACAGAACUGCACUGAUGCCAACAAGGGCAAACCUUUUCCCGGCUACAUCGACCCCAAUUCCCUGGUGGUGGAGGACGAGUACGUGUUUGUGCAGGUGUCAACAGGCGGCCGGCCAAUCUACUACGUGUCAUCCAGAAGAGAUCUGUUCACACCCAUGAAGUUGCCCAAGUACACACUUCCAAAGGACCUGCAUGUAAUCAGCACAGAUGAGAACCGUGUGGUGGCAGCGGUUCAGGAGUGGAAUCAGAAUGACACCUAUAACCUGUACGUCUCAGAAGCUGGAGGAGUGUUUUAUACGCUGGCCCUGGAGAACGUCAUGAGCAGUAUGGGACCCGAGGGCAACGUCAUGAUUGACCUGUAUGAGGUUGCAGGAAUUAAGGGGAUGUUCUUAGCCAAUAAGAAAUGGGGUGAUCAGGUAAAGACAUACAUUACGUACAACAAAGGCCGGGACUGGAGACUUCUGCAGGCGCCUUCUACUGAUCUACGAGGAAACAGCAUCCACUGUGUAUUGCCGUACUGCUCCCUGCAUUUGCACCUACACGUGUCAGCUAACCCAUAUACAUCUGGAAACAUCGCCAGCAAAGAGUCAGCGCCCGGAAUCAUAGUGGCAUCAGGUUCUAUAGGAGCAGAGUUAACUAGCAGUAACGUUACCAUAUUCAUCACCUCUGAUGCUGGGAACACAUGGAGGCAGAUAUUCGAUGAGGAAUACAGCAUCUUGUAUCUGGACCAAGGAGGAGCACUGGUGGCAAUCCGACACACCCCUCUCCCCAUCAGACACCUAUGGUUGAGUUUUGAUGAGGGACGGGUGUGGAAUAAAUACAGCUUUACAUCCUCACCGCUGUUUGUGGAUGGACUUCUUGGAGAGCCUGGGGAGGAGACGUUAAUCAUGACAAUUUUCGGCCACGUCAGUCAUCGUUCCGAAUGGCAGCUGGUGAAAAUCGACUUCAGGUCUAUUUUUAACAGGCGAUGCACUGAAGCAGACUAUCAGACCUGGCACCUCCAUAACCAGGGUGAGCCUUGUCUCAUGGGGGUGAAGAGGAUUUAUCGGAAGCUAAAGCCAAUGGCCAGGUGUGUUAUGGGUAAAACCCACUAUGUGACUGUGAUUUCGGAUCCCUGUGACUGCACCGAAUCCGAUUUUGAAUGUGAUUAUGGCUAUGAACGAAGAACAGAUGGACGGUGUACACCUGCAUUUUGGUUUCACCCCUCUUCCAUGUCCAGGAGCUGCCUCACAGGUCACACGUUCCUCAACAGUACUGGAUACAGAAAGGUGGUGUCUAAUAACUGCACAGGCGGUGUUGUGGAUCUCUACAUGGCCCACAGACGACCUUGUCCCAGUCAGGCUCCUAAAGGUCUACACCUGGUCACUAGUGAGGGCAAACUAACAGCCAUGCUGGGCCACAAUGUCACCUUUCUUGUUUUCUUAGAGCAGGGCGAUGGAUCAAGGACGAGCAUUACGCUGGACUUUGGUGACGGUACUGCGAUUACCUACUCCAACGUGAGCUCUAUAGAGGAUGGGAUCAAGCACAUCUACAAGAGCGUGGGGAUCUAUCGUGUGACCGCUACAGCUGAGAACAGCCUUGGGUUUGAGACGGCUGUUCUUUUCUUACAUGUUACAUGUCAGCUGGAGUAUAUCCAUCUUUCUGCUCCCUUUGUGGCAGUGAAAAAUAAAGAAGUCAAUCUGACGGUGGUUUUGUGGCCGAGCCAAGUGGGAACUGUCACCUAUAUCUGGUGGUUUGGGAACAACUCGGAGCCAAUAAUCACACUGGAGGGAAGCGUGGCGUUCACUUUCCCUCGGGAGGGAAUAAACGUCGUGACUGUGCAGGUGGCUGCUGGAAACACGAUCCACCAAGAUAGGAAAACUGUUGCUGUCCAUGAAUAUUUUAGGUCCCAUCUUUUGGCGUUUUCCUCUAAUCUGGAUGAACACAACCCUGAUGUGGCAGAAUGGAGGCUGGAUAUUAGUAGAGUCAUCAAAAACUCUAUAAUUCAGGCAACCGGAGUGCAUCCAGAGCAGCUGCUGGUCACAGUAUUGCCAGGACUGCCAACGACUGCCGAAUUCUUCCUUCUACCUGACAAAGAGCUGACAGAGGGAAAAGCAGACAAAACAGCCACACAUUUAGAGCAUCUUUCAGAUUUAGUUCUGAAUGCUCUAAACCAGAACCAGGUGCAGUUCACAUUAAGACCAGGAGUUCAGAUCACAGUCUACGCUGCACAUUUAUCUGCAGCACCGCUGGUGGACACCAGUGAGAAUCACAGCAGCUCGGCAAUGCUAAUGCUUCUGUCAGUGGUGGUGCUGGGUUUAGCGGUGUUCCUCAUCUAUAAAUUUAAAAGGUAA